AGGCGAGCACAAAGUCUAUGAUAAAUAUGGAAGGUUGAGAGUGAUACUAAGAGAAGUUAGGAAUUAGGCAAUGACUGGUUACUGUCCGGCGGUAACGGCAGUACUGGACACCCUAGUUCCUUUUACCGGUGGAGGAGCUUUCCCGUACAAGAUAGAACGCUGCAUAUCCCUGGAGGAGAAACACGCAUCUGGGAAGGCGUAUAUCCUUGUGGUGAAGUUCCUUGACACCGAAGCCGAACUAGUGGGCGAGAUCAUCUGCGAUCAACUCCGAGGGCGCGGGCCGCAGACCAACUUUAUUUUGGAAAGCGAUGGACGUGAUAGGGUGAACGCAACCACUCGAUUGGGAACGGUCGGGAGAAGGAUUAACCGUGACACCAUUAUGGAGGAGGUCGUCGGAAGCUCCGAACCCCAAGCAGAGCCUGAGGCCGAGGAACCAGAGAAAGUCUAUGGGAAGCCUAGUGAAGAGGAGCCUGCGGACAAGGUUACCGACGCUAAGAAGAAGUUUAGGUAUCAAAUCCCGAUCUUAACCUUGCUUCAGCUCGACGACACCAUUAGCAAGUUAGUAGGAGCCAUGGUGUCGGUAUCUUUUCAGAGCAUGCUGCAGGCUAGCCCUAGGUUGCUCAAAGAGCUCAGACAACUGUUGACUCAGAGGCGAGUAGAAAUAGGCGACAACCCCGAAUUACCAGAAGGGGAGAGGGAGGAGGAAGCUCCGCAAGAAGUGGCUAACCUUCAAAGGAGUCAUGGGGACUUGAAGGAUCUCGAAAAAGCCUUUGCAGACAUUCGUUUGAGCUCGCCCGACCGGGAGGGCGGCGAAGUCAUUAGAUCACCACCCGGGACAAAGUUUAGCUUUCAUGCGCUGCCCGUAGGGAAACAGAAAAUCCACAUCGGGAGUCAUCAUACCGACGCAUUAGUAGACGGGGGAGCAGAAAUCACUGUCAUAAGGAGAGAUUUCGCAAUGAUUAUGGGAUGUUCGGUAAACAAGAAAGUAACAGGGAGCAUCCGGGGAGCUGGCGGGGAAAUCCCGUUCGAUAGUACGUCACGAAGUGUACUGUGAAGGUAGGGGUCAGGGAAUCGAUCUGGUCGUUUCAGCGGAUGACCGUAAUGGAGGAAAUGGACCACGACAUAAUCCUCGGGAGACCGUGGUGCGCGAACGUA